AUGAACAUGCUCGGAUUUCAUUCUGGGUCUGACGGCAAAAAGGAGUACAGCCUGUCAAUUAUUCGCGCUAUCUGUCAAAGCGCAGGAUUUGACUCGACUUCCAAGACCAGCCCAUAUCUCUUGACUGACUUCAUGGAGAGUGAUGAAAGCGUCAUUGAACCUCGUGAAGAAUCCGGUAUGACGACGCAGCCUGUCGACGACGUGGGAAAUUCUACACAGGACCCUGGAGAUGGAAGCAAUGAUCACGUUGAUGCGACCGCCAACAGCGAUGACGGGGACAGUGAAGAUCAAGAUGAUGGAGAUUUCGGUGAACAAGCCAUCGUCGCAUACCUCAAUACCUUCAUGGCAUGA